AUGGCGGUGGGCCCAGACCCCUUCUCCUCCUCCCGCGGCCACAUUUCCCACAAGCCCCUCCGCGCGCCCUCGCUCGCCGCCACGGGCCGGCCGGGCUGCGCCCACUGCGCACGCGCCACACGACGUCACUCGCGCUCCCAGGACUUCGCGGCGCCGGCGGGAGGGUCUUUCCCCGCUUCCGCCGCCGCGUCGCCUCGGGUCUCGAACGUCCGGUUCGAGCUGCCUCCGCCGCCGCCGCGGGGGCAGUCGCGGGGUGGGGGGUCGCGAGGGGCGCGCGCGGCGGCGCGGCCAUGGGACUGCGCCGCCGACCCCGGUGACCGGAGGGAGCCGAAGCGGCCCGGGCCCUGA